GGUGUAAUAGUUACAUCUUAGACCUGUGUUUGACAGUUUCAGUACCCCAGGUUCCACAGGUUUAAAGUGUCUUAGAACAGAAACACAAAAAGUGCUCAACGUGGAUGUGUCCAUGAUUGGGACUGAUAACCUGUGAAUAUGAGAUGGCCCCAAAUAAUUAUAUCUCUACCUAAAUAAUAGGAAAACAACCGUGUCAUGACUCCACAGGUUCCUGGACGUUCCUGCUCGGAUAACAGCUAAUGGUCGUAGAUGUCCGAGAUCGCAUUGACUGCAAUAUGAUCUUCGGUGUAUCUCAAAAAGCGGCACACUACAGCAUGUAAAUUGCUUGCACGCAACAUAGAAAGAGGAACUGUAACAGUUACGAGUCUCCAAAGCAAGAGCUCGCGUGCACGCGCGCCAGUCAGUGAAGAGAGCGCAAAGUUUCUCUAGGGAGCGCGCGCCGUCACUCCGGCUGUGUCUUAUUAAGCUAACGACCUGUUUUUCCUCGUCGUCUAGUUGUCUUACCGGUGAGGGAUUGGCUUCGCGAGAUCAUAAAACCAGGAUUCGCUAUUCCUCGAGUCUCAUUCGCUGUUGAGCAAGUUGUUCCGAGCUUUCGGGUAUGCUUAAGCCGUGAUCACUCAGGCGAAAACACCUGUAGCUUUUUUUUUAUUUUUUAUUUAUUUUUUUUUUGUGCGGGCGAUCCACGCGGACCUCGUUAUUUCCGAGCGGAAGAUAACCGUGAUCUGCAGCUCGAGGUCGGUUUCGUGAACUUUUUUUUUAUUAUCUUGCUCGGAGGAAUAUAGAGUGGAGAGUGUACCAGUACCAGUGUAGCCUGUGUAGCUACUGAAGUUCACUCUUCUGCAUAAGUUGGACAAGAAGGUGAGUGAGUGCCUUGUUGUCGAGUAGCCUAGAUCCUAACUAGUUUUAUACUCGGCUUCGGUUUUGUGUUUAAUAAAAGUAUAAAGUGUUGAUGAGAUUAAAAAAGAAAUGCACUUAAUGGCUUCAUUAUCUCUGUUUUGAGCGACUUGAAUGUAACUAUGAUGUUCCAUAGCAGGUCUAAGCAGAACUCGGAUUUAGAUGCAUAAACACUGCGGCAGUUGAUUAAUUGUAGGCUCCACUGUAAAACGGAGCUUUGGUUAUAGUUUAUAUUCCACUUUUCUUUCUUCCCUCGUGGGGUUGUCUAUUUAAGUGAUUUGUGUUUUUUGUUUUUUUUCCUUGCACAAUUGACGUUUUGUCAAGAUUAAAGCAAGUUGCCCUUUUGCAGAAAUACAUUCAUUAAGAAGCGCGAGCUGUUCAGUGUUUAUGUAUAGCAGUGCGCGCGCACCCCGAUCCGCGCCAUACGAUGUAGGGAUGACGGCACGCGGAGGGGUGAAGUGAAGAGAGUACGCCUUUGUCGUCCACUGUCAUUAUGUUCUCUCGCCUCCGCCACGGCUGCUGCUGCUGCUGUUAGUAGGUUCAUUUCAUAGUCGCGCUCUGACGGACGGCGCUGAGCUCGAGCCCAUUUUUCAACCCCCUGUGCGUGCCUUUGUUUACCGUUUUCGCGUUUCCUUUUUUUUCUUCUUCUUUUUUCUCGCGAGGCGAAACAGGAUUGUUAGCCGUAACAAAAGCGAGCCGCCCCCCAUCCAGCUGCUCACUUCACGGAGAAGGGAAACCCUCUGGUCGCACGGUGGUGUUUUCACGCGCCGGAGCGGGUCGACAAAUGCAGAAAAGGGAGAAAAGUUUCGGUAUACAAAUGCUUUCCGUCCAGCCGGACACCAAGCCAAAGGGCUGUGCCGGCUGUAACCGGAAGAUCAAGGACCGCUACCUGCUGAAGGCCCUGGACAAAUACUGGCACGAGGACUGCCUAAAGUGUGCAUGCUGUGACUGCCGCCUUGGUGAGGUGGGCUCCACGCUGUAUACCAAGGCCAACCUCAUCCUCUGCCGGCGGGACUACCUCCGGUUGUUUGGUGUGACGGGGAACUGUGCAGCCUGCAGCAAGCUCAUCCCAGCCUUCGAGAUGGUCAUGAGAGCCAAGGAGAAUGUCUAUCACCUGGACUGCUUUGCCUGCCAACUCUGUAACCAGAGGUUUUGUGUGGGGGACAAAUUCUUCCUGAAGAACAACAUGAUCCUGUGUCAGACAGACUAUGAAGAGGGGCUGAUGAAGGAAGGCUAUGCCCCGCAGGUCCGCUGACCCCUACAUGGCACUUUCGCUUGUGGGGAUAGAGCUGAGAGAGGACCUGAAAGGGGACAUGCGGUCAGACACCAAAAGCACUACCAUCCUCUCCAGCCCUUAUCCUUGAUAAUG